CUAAAACGAGGGCUAGCUUCAGAGUAGGGUGGCCCAUCCAGCGUAAUCUGCUCCACCCCUAUCGCUACGAUAACAAAUUCUAUUCAGCAAUGGUUGCCAAAGGAACGCGCGCUGCUAAGGGACUGAUCAACCUCUGGGCUACCGACCGCGGCACCUUCCCGGUUGUGUUACUCGUCGGGUUCGCCAUGACUGCAGCCAUCGGUAACGGCGUUCGUCACCUGAUAAACAAUCCGGAUGUGUGUCUGACCAAGUCCAAGCGAGGCAACUCCAUGCACUAUGACGAGGGCCAGGGCACUCAGUGGCAAGCCCAGCGCUCUCGUUUCGCCAACAUGGAUAAUAACCCAGUCAAUCGAUCGCGCCAGGAAAACCAGUGAGCCCAAAGCGCAAGGUUUCGAGUGAAGAGACAGCUGAAUCACAUGACACUUUUGUGAACUCGUCUAAUGUAUUAGGAUGAUAGUGCAAGUACUGGACUCGAUCUAAGCAAUAAAACAAGAUUCUGGUCGGCCAUGA